AUGUUAGGGACUGUGAAGAUGGAAGGGCAUGAGAGCAGCGACUGGAACAGCUACUACGCGGACACGCAGGAGGCCUACUCCUCUGUCCCGGUCAGCAACAUGAACUCCGGCCUGGGCUCCAUGAACUCCAUGAACACUUACAUGACCAUGAACACCAUGACCACGAGCGGCAACAUGACCCCGGCGUCCUUCAACAUGUCCUACGCCAACCCGGGCCUCGGGGCCGGCCUGAGUCCCGGUGCUGUGGCCGGUAUGCCCGGGGGCUCUGCGGGAGCCAUGAACAGCAUGACGGCAGGCGUCACGGCCAUGGGCGCAGCGCUGAGCCCGGGAGGCAUGGGCUCCAUGGGCGCGCAGCCCGCCGCCUCUAUGAACGGCCUGGGCCCCUACGCGGCGGCCGCCAUGAACCCGUGCAUGAGCCCCAUGGCGUACGCGCCGUCCAACCUGGGCCGCAGCCGCGCGGGGGGCGGCGGCGGCGACGCCAAGACGUUCAAGCGCAGCUACCCGCACGCCAAGCCGCCCUACUCGUACAUCUCGCUCAUCACCAUGGCCAUCCAGCAGGCGCCCAGCAAGAUGCUCACGCUGAGCGAGAUCUACCAGUGGAUCAUGGACCUCUUCCCCUACUACCGUCAAAACCAGCAGCGCUGGCAGAACUCCAUCCGCCACUCGCUGUCUUUCAACGACUGUUUCGUCAAGGUGGCCCGGUCCCCGGACAAGCCGGGCAAGGGCUCCUACUGGACGCUGCACCCGGACUCCGGCAACAUGUUCGAGAACGGCUGCUACCUGCGCCGUCAGAAGCGCUUCAAGUGUGAGAAGCAGCCCGGGGCCGGAGGCGGGAACGGGGGCGGCGGCUCCAAGGGUGGCCCCGAAAGCCGCAAGGACCCUUCCGGCGGCGCAGGGAACCCCGCCGAGUCGCCCCUUCACCGGGGUGUGCACGGGAAGGCUAGCCAGCUAGAGGGCGCGCCGGCCCCCGGGCCCGCCGCCAGCCCCCAGACUCUGGACCACAGCGGGGCCACGGCGACAGGGGGCGCUUCGGAGUUGAAGUCUCCAGCCUCUUCCUCGGCGCCCCCCAUAAGCUCCGGGCCGGGGGCGCUGGCAUCGGUACCCCCCUCUCACCCGGCGCACGGCCUGGCACCCCACGAAUCGCAGCUGCACCUGAAAGGGGACCCCCACUACUCUUUUAACCACCCGUUCUCCAUCAACAACCUCAUGUCCUCCUCCGAGCAACAGCAUAAGCUGGACUUCAAGGCCUACGAGCAGGCACUGCAGUACUCUACCUACGGCGCCGCCUUGCCCGCCAGCCUGCCCCUGGGCAGCGCCUCGGUGGCCACGAGGAGCCCCAUCGAGCCCUCAGCCCUGGAGCCGGCCUACUACCAAGGUGUGUAUUCCAGACCCGUGCUAAAUACUUCCUAGCUCCCAGGACUUGGGGGUUUGUCUGCAUG